GCGCGUGUCGUCUGCUUGAAACAAGAUGGCUGCGCCCAUAUACCGCCGCCAACAUUUCACGUCAACGACACUGAGAUUAUUGAAGUCCUUGUUGUUUCAUUAUUAGGUCGUAGUUUCAACGCAGUAAAGCGCUCGGGUUCGAUCCGGAACAGGCUAUGCCGCAAUGGAUCCAACGACUCUGCUUGCGGUUGUUGUCACUGUAAUCGUUGUUGUGGCAACGGUAUUUAUUUUAGUUCGUGGUAGCAGUAAGGCUCGAAACAACGUACUCAUUUGCGGCAUCUCGAACGCCGGUAAGACGGUACUGUACGCUCAGUUAUGCUCAGGCAAACCGAUCCAAACAUAUGUGUCCAUCAAAGAGAACCAAGGAAGCUGUGAAGUGGCAGGUGGCAAAAGGGUUCGCGUCGUAGACAUUCCCGGUAACGAAAGACAACGAGUGAACAUUUUCGACAAUUACAAAACGACUGCUCGCGGUAUCGUGUUCGUCGUCGAUUCAAUAUCGUUCAUGAAAGAACUCAAAGAUGUAGCUGAGUAUGCCUACAUCGUAUUGUCUGAUCCGGAUACUUGCCAUCGACGGUUGCGUGUGCUAUUCGCGUGCAACAAACACGACGAAGCCAUGGCUAAAUCGAGUCAGGUGAUUAAGACCAACCUCGAAAAGGAGCUGACAUUGCUCCGGAAAACUCAGACGUCCAAACUCGUCACGACUGAAAACGUUCAGAUGGGACGCACCCUUGGUAAGGAGCAUAAAGAUGUUAAAUUUGAGGAUCUUCCGCAUAAAAUUGACUUCGUCGAAUUCAGCGCUUUAGAGAACUUCGAACCCGUCAAGGAGUGGCUAUCGACCAUCUAGAGUGAAAAACCUAUUUCAGUAAGCGUGUAGACAGCUGAUUACACAUGAAUGAUUACACUGUCUACACGUUAUCUAUAUAUCAUUAAGAUGUUGCAAGUGAGUCUUUAUUAAAAAAUAUAUAUGUACACUACGUAAAUUAAAACUGGGAAUGCGCAAACAUACGAGUCGUACUAAUGAACAGAAAGGGACAGCGUAUUGCAUUGAGGAGUGAGCUAAGACAUCCUUGUGCGUGCAUCAGUUUUUAAAUCUAUAUUACAAAAUUGUUGUAAAAAUUAAGUCGUGAAUGUGUGCGCGUGUGUAUGCAGUAGAUAAAAAUAAUAGAUUUCUCACUAAAUAUAUGCAUAAAUUAUGAAGAGUAAUAAAUGUUUUUUCAGUGCAUUACAAUGCAAUUCGUUUAAUCAGUUGUGAUUAUUUUCCGUUGUCGUGAAAUACCUCAUAUAUUUCAUACGCUUUUUUCAUUUAGUUUAUAUAUGUAUUAAUGUAUCAGGGCCUAAUUAUUCACACUAGUACGAUAUAUCAUACCGCUGAAAAUAAGCAAAUAGAUAAGAGUCUUGAUUUAAAUACAAGUACAAAUGUUAAAAUGAAAUCUUGUCAACAUCAGUAU